AUGAUCAUGCAGCAGCAGCAGCAGCCGAAUUCCUCUUCCGCUAUUAGAUCCUCCACGCCAACCCCUUCCCAAUCUUCUCUCACCGUCGCCCCUCUAUCUGCCUCUCGCAUUGGCCAACAGCCUACACAGUCCUCCCUCGAUCAUGCAAUCUCGCCGCCCGCGACGGCGGCGCACCAGUCAUGCGAGACGGCUCUGAUGUUGGCUAGGGUCAGGCUGUCGGAUAUAGCGCCCUAUGAUGGGGCUCCCUGUGGGCCAUACGUGAAGGCUGUGGAGGCGUUGUCGGGUUCUUUGAUGAGGCAUAACGCUGCUGUUAUUGAGUUGGGGAGUGAGAACGCUGCCCUGAUGAAAUGCGGGCUGGAAGCAUCCCGCUUGUAUUUUAGGUGCCAUGUCAAAGGAAGCAGCGGUCGUGGAGUUCACAUGUACAGAGCCAAGUCUCAUGAUGAUUGGGAUUCAGCUCCACCUUGCAUGGCAGAAAUAUUUAGGUGUAUGGGAAGGGUAGCUAGGGCUGCUUUAUGUGUUAUAGCAAGGCAUCUUCGGUUGAGAAGCGAUGCCUUCAACCAUUUACUGGACGACACCCCUUUGCCUGUGAAUGAGGUUUCCUCAUCUGUGCUGGUUGCCUCUUAUUCUCACACAUCCUUGCUAGAUGGCAAAGUGGCUAGUGGGGGAGCAAAAGCAUCAAUCAACAAUGAAGUAGAAAAGGGCUUGUUGACAUUGAUUUCUUCUGACAGUCCAGGCCUUCAGGUUUGUGACCCUAAUGGCCGCUGGUACCUAGCUGAUCGUGGUUUUGCUCCAGGUGAUCUUUUGCUGAUUACUGGCAAGGCACUUAGCCAUGCCACAGCUGGCCUUCGCCCUGCUGCUUCAUAUAGAGCUACUUCCGAUCGCUCCUCUGGCAUGAACGGCAGUGGAAGGACAGCAUUGUUAUUUAGGCUUAUGCCUCAAGGCAAUGCGAUAUUAGAUUGUUCUCCUAUCGCAGCAGCAGGCCAUGUCAUUCCUCAGAGCUAUGUGCCUAUAUCUGUUAGCCAAUUUAUGGAUGACCUUUCUGCUGAGGAGGUUGUUAUCUGUGAUCGACCUGAGAAUGCAAAUGAAGUUCUAAAUAGUUUUAACAAGGACCCAUCAUUAAGAAGUGUUCUCUCAGAUCCGCUAUCUGGUGCCUUCCUUGAAGAUGCUAUGUAUGCCUCUUGUGGACAUUCGUUUGGCGGUCUUAUGCUUAGUAGAGUCCUCGAAUUGUCAAGAUGUACACUGUGCAAUGUACAAAUUGAGGCUGGGUCUUUGAUUCCUAAUCUGGCUCUUAGAGCUGCAGCUUCAGCUGUCAAGCUUGAGGACGACCGGAGGCUAUUCCACAAUGCGGCUCUCAGAAAGCGCCGCAAGGACAUGGGUGACCAAACAGAUCCUAUUAGAAGACAAAACAUGGAAAAUGGAGAUGUUGCUGCCGAACACGGUUGUUUGCAUCGGAGGGUGCAGUACCCUUUUGCAGUAAAUGAAAAAGUAGUGAUUAAGGGAAACCGCAGAACACCAGAGAAGUUUGUAGGGAAGGAAGCAAUCAUCACGUCACAGUGUCUCAAUGGCUGGUACUUGCUUAAGAUCAUUGACAGCGGAGAAAAUGUCAGACUGCAAUAUCGCUCUCUCCGCAAAACUUCAAGCUACGAGGCAACCCUGGAGAGAUGUGCUUCACAGCCCAUCCUAAAUAAGAGCUGA